AUGGCUCUUCACUCUAUUGCCGUGACCACCGGGUCGAGCCUUUCGCACAUUGCGUGCCCAGACCGAUCGCGCACGGCAGCGAUCGAGAGGUCGUUCGACACCGCGCGGGUGUCGUCCUCCGCGCCGAGAGCCCGCAAUGCCGCCGUUGCCGCUUCCGCCAGCGUCUUCCUGUCCGCCACUGCCGCAUCGGCCUCCGCUUCCCCCGUUCUGCUAAACCCUUUCGCGCAAGCGUUCAGCGACACGCUCGUGACGGCGUCGUCCCCGUCGACGGCUGCGGCGCAGCGGCACGCGGAGGCGGACGUGAUGGGGCUGCUGCUGCGGCAGCGCAUCGUGUUCCUGGGCGCGGAGCUCAACGACUUCGUCGCUGACGCGAUCGUGAGCCAGCUGCUGCUGCUCGACUCGCAGGAUCCGAACCGCGACAUCCGGCUCUUCGUCAACUGCCCCGGCGGUUCCAUCAGCGCCGCCAUGGCGAUCUACGACGCGAUCAACUACUGCCGCGCGCCCGUCUCCACGGUGGCGUUCGGGCUAGCGGCGUCCACGGCAGCGGUGGUGCUGGCGGGCGGCAGCAAGGGGCGGCGCAUGGCCAUGCCGAACGCGCGCAUCAUGAUGCACCAGCCCAUGGGCGGAGCCAGCGGACAGGCCAUCGACGUGGAGAUCCAGGCAAAGGAGAUUAUGUACCACAAGUCCAAUAUCGCGAGGAUACUGUCUGAAAUCACUGGGCGCUCCGCUGAGCAGGUGGAGAAGGACAUUGAUCGUGACCGAUACAUGUCGCCAGUGGAGGCCAUGGAGUAUGGCCUUAUUGAUGCUGUCAUUGACAGGGAUGCCAUCCUGCCCCUGCAGCCAACACCUGAGCGUGUCAAGCCUCGAAGGGAACACCUUGAGGCCAAUCAGGACGUUCGCAAGUUCCUCAUCCCCGUCAUCCCGGAUUCGGAGAUCUUUUAG